AUGACGACCGGCUUCAGACGAUACUUGGAGGCGAAGGUGAAUCCAUCCGAAGGCAGGCCCCACUCUACAUUCACUUGGUACCCGAUUACGGGUGGUCGUGCGCGCGAUGGAAGCGUGCUUUGCCGCCACUCGUGGUUAGCUGUGUCGCGUAGGGACAAUACAGUUUUCGGCUGUCCUGGGUAUAUAGCGACCCACCUCUUGCGACGCGAAGGCGACGAUAGACUGGCUUGUGGGUUCUAUGCCGAGGCUGAUCGGGUUCCGCCUCUGUACAUGAACUCGCGAUGGGAUGGGCGAACUCAUUGGGGCGCUUAUCCACCGACUCAACAAGAACUGGAACAACGUCGGGUCUAUUUGACAACAGUGGAGAGCAGCCAGGAGGAUCCGGCCCCCGCGAUCAUUCAGCGUCUGCGCGCUCGAGGCCCUCCGACUUUGCCACUUCGCUCUCCGAGUUCCCCGACUAGACAGCGGAUUAUCGCGAUUAUACGCGAGACGCCGCCGGAGACUUCCUCGACCACGGGGCCCGUUAAUGAACACGCCGGAGCCUCUUCAGCCCCCCAGACCAGAUCGCUCCGUUGA